AUGAUCGGCUUCGGCGCCCUAACACCUACCCAGCUCAGCCCCACGAUGAUGACGACGGACCCCCCGAGAUAUUUCUCGCCUAAGCGCAAACGAGAACCUUCCGAGUCGGAUUACUAUAGCCCGUCUGCGUCGCCAACAUCCACGGUAUCUGUUGCCAGUCUACAAGAAAUUCGUAUCCGUGAGGAGAGCGAGCCGGGGAGACAUAGCCCUCGCGCAGCUGUCGCGGGACGCUUCAAGGAAUUGGCCAUUCAUGGGGACCGAUUCCCAGAACGUAGAGCGUCAAAUCGCGACAUCCAGCGGCCAUACACACUACAGCCGGAGAAGACAGCAUGUAUCUCCAACAGCCACGAUCAGGGCUCUCUGAGCAUGGCUGAACCCUCGGAAGCUCUUACCGGCGAGCCGAGCAAUGCUCAAAGCCAGCAUACGGGUUCCCAUUCGGCAACAGUUCACAGUCCAGACAAUGUCCUUGUCACACCUAUUUCGACACCCUCAAAAAAGAGAUCGAAUCCCUCGCCACAGAGGAAAAGUGAUCUCGCAUCACCAUCCAAAGGCAGCAAGCAGCGAUUAUCUCCUCCACCCUCUGACGUCCCUCUGGAUGAUCCGUUCACAUGGCAUGACCACGAGAUUACGGGACAUAACCCGACUGAUCCAACCGACGAUGGCUAUGGGAUCAAUGGCGUGGGGUUCAAACCAACAGCGGCCAUGGCGUGGGCACGUUCUCAGAAACGACAACGGCAAGUUGCCGAAUGGAAGUCCCGCGAGGCACGUGAAGCUCGUGAGAAGCGACGAGAAAGAAGGAAUGAAAGCUCCGGAAAGGACAGACUCCACAGCAUACACGAAGGGGCUAUCCAGAAGCGAGUCAAGUUCGAUGUCCAAGACAGACGCUGA